AUGGCAACUUCGACUAAUCCCCUCAAGGACGCUAGAGUCUCUCAAAAUAUACUCUCUCUUCUAGAUCACCUGCAUGCUGCCUCGAUCGAGCAAGAGAGCCGUCUAGAUAGAACCGCAUUUGAACCAGAUCAGAUUCACAAUGCCACUCGGGAAGCCUUCAUUGCGUUGGACCAGGACAAAUGCCACUUUGUUUAUCAGUUGGCACACGCAAUCAACGCCAAGAACAUCGUCGAAGCAGGCACCAGUUUCGGUGUUAGCACCAUAUACCUGGGUCUGGCUGUAAGUGCGAAUGUGGAAGCUUCUGGUGGACCUGGGACGGUUAUUGGAACAGAGCAUGAGCCUUCCAAGGCAGAACAGGCUUGCAAGUACUGGACUGAGGCUGGAGAGGUGGUGUCGAGAUAUAUUGAUCUGCGCGUGGGCGAUCUGGGGGAAACGUUGAAACAGAAUGUUCCCACCGUUGAUAUGCUUCUGUUGGACAUCUCGGCUCCUAUGACGCUUCCCGCUUUGAAAGCUAUCCAGCCGCAUCUCCGACAUGGCGCAGUUGUAAUCAUUGACAACACCAUCAGGUCUGCAGCUCGCUAUAAGGAUCUGCUCGAAUACCUGCGCCAGGAGAAUAGUGGGUUCACCAACUUGACUAUUCAUUAUUCGAAGGGCUUGGAGAUGUGUGUUUAUGCUCCGCGAUCAUAA